AUGGGGAAAGCAAAAAAAUUAAAGCCAUCCCAAGUUGGGAAAAGCAUUGCACUUGCAGAUCAGAUUGAGUCAGUGAAUGCUGUUAAAAGCAAGAACAGAGUCAAACAGAAGAAUAGACAGGAUAAUGAUGAAGAAUUUGUAAAUGCUGAUUUGUCAAAGAAAAUAUUGAAGGCGGCUAGACGUCAGCAGGUUGAGCUCGGAAAUGAUGGAGUGGGAGGAUCCACAGCACCUGUUCUUCCUCUAGAAUUAAAUGAAUCAAAUUCUGACAAUGAAGCGGACUCAGACCAUGAUGAUUUGGAGCCAGAUACAUAUUACGACAAUAUUGAAAUCAAUGAAGAAGAUGAGGAGGCUUUAAAAAUGUUUAUGUCCCAUAAGCCUGAAAGGACAAGAACAUUAGCAGACAUUAUUAAGGAUAAAAUAACUGAUAAAAAUACUGAACUGCAAACUCAAUUCUCUGAUAUAGAAACAUUGAAGCUACAAAAUAUAGAUCCAAGAAUAAAGGCUAUGUAUCAAGGAGUACGAGAUGUUUUGCAGAAAUAUCGAUCAGGUAAAUUGCCUAAAGCAUUUAAAAUGAUCCCACAUCUGCAAAAUUGGGAACAAAUUUUAUAUCUCACUGAACCUACAACAUGGUCUGCAGCAGCCAUGUAUCAGGCUACUCGUAUAUUUGCAUCAAAUCUUAAAGAGAAAAUGGCACAAAGGUUCUAUAAUUUAGUCUUGCUUCCUCGAGUAAGAGAUGAUUUAGCUGAAUACAAAAGAUUAAAUUUCCAUUUAUAUCAAGCACUAAGAAAGUCUCUUUUUAAGCCUGGGGCUUUCAUGAAAGGAAUUUUACUGCCAUUACUAGAAUCUGGGGAUUGUACAUUGCGUGAAGCUAUAAUUGUGGGCUCAGUAUUAGCCCGUAACUCAGUCCCAGUCUUGCACUCCAGUGCAGCCUUAUUAAAAAUAGCUGAAAUGGAUUAUACAGGCGCUAAUUCAAUCUUUCUGCGAAUAUUAUUUGAUAAAAAAUAUGCACUUCCUUAUAGAGUAGUGGAUUCUGUUGUUUUUCAUUUUCUAAGAUUUCAAUCUGACCAUCGCACGUUACCAGUAUUAUGGCAUCAAGCACUGUUAACAUUUGUUCAACGAUACAAAGCUGAUAUAUCUACAGAACAGAGAGACGCUCUUCUAGAAUUGUUGAGAAAACAAUAUCACCCCACUAUCACACCAGAGAUACGAAGGGAGCUACAAGCAGCACAAUGCAGAGACAUUGAAGUAAAUGACAAUGUUCAAAAUAUUAUGGCCGUGGAAUAA